ACUAGAUAUCCAACUCUCAUAAUUCGCAUAGAUAGUGCUAUUUUCCUCGUUCCGAUACACCUGUGCAGCCUCAUCACGACAACGUCUUCGGUCUCCCUAUCUAACCGUUAAACGCCAGCAUAAUAAGUCAAGAUGGGUCGCGUUCGCACGAAGACAGUCAAGAAGUCCGCCAAGGGCAUAAUUGAGCGGUUUUACCCUCGAUUGACCCUCGACUUUGACACCAACAAGCGAGUCUGUGACGAGAUUGCGAUCAUCUCUUCGCGCAGACUGCGAAACAAGAUUGCCGGCUAUGUCACCCACUUGAUGAAGCGUAUUCAGCGCGGCCCAGUUCGCGGAAUUUCCUUCAAGCUGCAAGAAGAGGAGAGAGAACGCAAGGAUCAAUACGUUCCCGAGGUUUCGGCUCUCGACUUCACCCAGAACACCGAGAGUGGCCAGCUCGAUAUCGAUGGAGAGACCAAGGAUCUGCUCAAGCACCUCGGCUUCGAUGCCAUUCCUGUCAACGUUGUGCCGGUUGUCCAGCAACAGACCGCCGAGCGACCCCGUCGAUUCGGCGACCGCGCCCCCCGAUAAAUGUAUAUUGUGGAAAUGGAUGGUUAAGGGGAUUCGGGAUAUUUACAUCUGGGCUCAUCACGGCUGCACGGCGUCUAAAUGGAUGAUAGUGCCUCAGGUACUUUAGGUUUAAAA